AUGUUCCUCCUCACCGGAAUCGUGUUUUUCUCCACGAUUAUGUAUUAUCUCGAGCGGGACGAGCCGAACACUGAUUUCUACAGUAUCCCCGCCGGGUGCUGGUGGUGUGUGGUCACGAUGGCCACGGUUGGAUAUGGGGACGCUAAGCCGGUUACGACAGCCGGAAAACUCGUUGCUACCACCACGAGCAUCUGCGGCAUCAUCGUGCUCGCCUUCCCGAUUUCCAUGAUUGUCGAGAAAUUUGCAUCCGCCCAGCAGAGAAGGCCAUUGAGGACAACGCAGCUGGCGCAGGCCCAAAUGUCAGCCGCCGCCAACAACGCACUGCUGCGCCGCUUCCCGACGCGGCGGCGCGCGCGCGCGAAGCGCCCCAGCGACGCCCGGCACGACAGUCUGCUGAGCACGGUGGCC